AUGGGAACUCCGAGACGCCGAGUGGGGCAGAAUGCCAGCCCCUAUGCGAUGAGCUCCUCGAACAUUUUCGGGACGAACAACGAAAUCUUCGGUAGUAACUUCAUGAACUCGCCGGUCUCCAGUAGGAGGACGAAAAACAGCAAAGGUAGCUUCCUCAACAGCAUGCUGAACGAAUCCAAGUACCUAAACCAGAGCAACACCGGGUCGCAGUUUCUGAGGUACGGACACACACCUCUAGCGAUCAGAAGAAUAAAAUGCGCAAGAGCUGACAUAGGAGAUGUGGAUACACCCAGAAAAUUAGGACCAAAUCAUAUAGAAACACUUGUAUGUAUAAAAGGAGUCAUAAUCAGAUGUUCUAAUAUCAUUCCUGAAAUGACCAUGGCUGCUUUCAAAUGUACGUCUAAAAAAAGAAUAGGAGUUAAUAAUUAUGAGAAAUGCAACGAAGAAGUGUAUGAACAUGUCAUCCAAGGGGAAGUACAAGAACCUCUAACCUGCACAAAUUGCAAUAAUAAGAAUACGUUCGAAUUAUGGCAUAACAACUGCUGCUUCUCUUCAAAACAGCUAAUCAAAUUGAGUGAAGUUACUGAACAUUUAAAACAGGGAGAGACUCCACAAUCCAUUUCUGUAUAUGCAUAUGACGACUUGAUAGACUAUACCAAACCAGGAGACACAGUUGAAUUGACAGGCAUAUUGAAAGCCUCUCCCGUGAGAUUAAACCCUAGGUCUAGAUGUUACAAUAGUGUACAUAGAACCUACAUCAACGUCAUACACAUUAGAAAGGAGAACAAACAGAAAAUGAAAUUAACAGAACAGAACGACACUGCAUCAGUUAUUUUGAAAAGAAAUGAUGAUGGAACAGUGGAAGAAAAUUUCGAAAAAUUAAAUGAGCAAGGAAAUCUUCUAUUCACCACAGAAGUAAUCCAGAAAAUGCAGAAACUCAGUACAGACCCAAAUAUUUACCAAAGGUUGGUUGAUUCUAUAGCUCCAUCGAUUUAUGGACGAGAUGAUAUCAAGAAAGGUCUCCUUUGCCAACUAUUCGGUGGAAGCAAAACUACCGAUAAAUUUAAAAAUAAGUAUCGAUCUGAAAUUCAUAUAUUACUAUGUGGAGACCCCUCUACAGCCAAAUCACAACUUUUACAUUAUGUACAUAAAUUAUCCCCAAGAGGUAUUUACACAAGUGGGAAGGGUAGUAGCAGUGUCGGGUUGACUGCCUUCAUUUCGAAAGACUCGGAGACAAAGGAAUACAUACUCGAAUCUGGUGCAGUUGUCCUGUCAGAUAAAGGAAUUUGUUGUAUUGACGAAUUUGAUAAAAUGGAUGACUCCGCUAGGGCAAUCUUACACGAAGUUAUGGAACAACAAACAGUUACCAUUGCCAAAGCAGGGAUCGUUGCAACACUGAAUGCUCGUACAUCCGUUCUUGCAUCUGCUAAUCCGAUUAACAGUAGGUAUGAUAAAAACAAAGCUGUUGUGGAGAAUAUCAACCUACCACCAUCCCUUUUUUCAAGAUUCGAUUUAAUCUAUCUCGUUAUAGAUCAAGCGAAUGAGGAAGAAGACAAAAAAUUAGCUACCGUGCUGUGCAAAAACUUUUCCUAUGGCGCGAAAGAUGGGUCCGAUUCCGAGACGGAUGACGAAUCAGAUUCCGAAUCGGACUCCCAAUCGGGUGACGAGUUAAAAGCUCCUUCAGAGUUUGACGCUGGAAGUGACGCAGAUCCAUAUCAAAGGAGGAAGAAACAUAUAGGAGAAGACCAAACUGCUACCCCGACCAAGGCGUAUAAAAAAAACUCCAAAAAAUACCUAAUCGAUUCGAACACCCUAGCGUUGUAUAUUGCCUACUGCCGCAUAACGUGCAACCCAAUUAUUUCCUUAGAAAGUAAAAAGAUUAUAAUUGAAGAAUACAUAAAAAUGAGAUGCAAGGAAGGGUCAAAGUCUCCGACGGCUAGCCCCAGACAGUUGGAAGGACUCGUUCGACUCAGCCAAAGUUUAGCGAGAAUGAAACUCAAAGAUGUAGUCACUCCUGAGGAGGCCAACGAAGCUGUGCGACUCAUGAACAUUGCAACGUUUCAAAGUUUGAUAGAUCCCCUAAGUGGUAGAAUCGAUUUCGAUCAAGUUAACCUUGGACAGACAUCUCAACAUAAGAAGAAAUCAGAUCAGAUAAAGGACAUCAUUAUGAAUGCUCUCGUUUUGAGGAACAUGACAAAGGAUGAAUUGCUUUCACAUUGUCACGAGACCAUUAUGAAUAAUCGGGACUAUGCGAUGGCUAUGGAUAGAAAGUCCUUCGAAGAGGCUUUCCACGACCUCGAACGCUCCCAGGAGAUCACACGGCUGUGUUCUGGCCUGUACAAGAAGAAGUAG